GGGAAGGCAAGGAGGAGGGGAGAUCUCUCUGCACUCAGCCCAGCUGUUGCAGCUGUGAGGAAGAGGAACACACACACAGCUCAGAAGAUCUCGGCUCACUUGAGCAGCUGGAGCAGGGGCAACUGAAUCAGCUGCACAAUGAACCCCUACCUCUUCUGCUACUAUUUAAUCCAGUUCUGCGGACAUUCCUGGAUAUUUAUCAAUAUGAUCAUCAGGUUCCUGAUUUUUGGGGAAGAUUCGGUUGCAGAUACUUUCUAUUCCAUUGGGCUUGUGAUGCGCGUUUGCCAGUCUUCGUCUAUCCUGGAACUUUUGCAUAUACGGCUCAGCAUUGCGGAAGACCGUUUUCUCCCGAGGCUUUUGCAGAUCGCAGAAAGAAUCAUCAUCUUAUUUGUUGUGAUUGCCAGUCAAGAAGAAAUUCAAGGGAAAUGUGUUGUGUGCAUCUUAUUCUUCCUUUGGAGUUUCCUUGAUGUGGUCAGAUACACUUACUGUAUGCUGGCUGUGACAGGAACAUACUUUCAGGAAUUGACGUGGCUCCAUUAUACACUAUGGAUUCCUUUGUAUCCUCUGUCGCUUUUGGCUGAAGAGUUUGCCAUAUAUGAAUCGCUACCUCACUUUGAAACCUACGGCACUUACUCAACCCAGCUGCCCUUACCAUUCGACAUACCCGUCUACUUUCCCUACGUACUAAAAAUAUACAUGGCGAUGUCGUUUGGAGGUGCGUACCUCAUUGUCCGAUGCCUCUACAUGGAACGGAAGGCUCAACUGGGAAGCUGGACCAUCAAGGCAAAAAGUAGCUAGCUUACCUUUUCCUCCAGGAGUGAGGAAAGCGGCUCGAGGAGGCCAGCUGGUAAAUGCCCUUCGGGAAACUAAGUGCCAUGACUUCAAAACCAGCUACCAUGAGACAGAAAUUCGGAUAACUUUGGCUUAAAGACGGCCACACACGUUCUCAAUACGUAGAUCCCUUUACACACGUGGCGUGAGAAGUGUUGGUGUGUGCAGCAGAACCAUGAAUCGGGU